AUGGAUGAGAGACAUACAUUAAAUGUUCAAAUAAUUGAAAAUGGUGUUGAUGGUAGAUGGGAUAAAAAAUUCAUUAUAAUUGAAGGAUCUGAAAUUAGAGUAAAAGAAAAUAGAGAUAGUUUAAUGAUUUCUUUUUCAAUAAAAUUAAAUCAUGUGGAAGUUUUACCAAAUUAUGGUGAAAGUUAUGUUACAGUUACAUCUGAAGAGAAUAGUGGUGGUGGUGAUGUAGAAAUGCAAACCAAAAGUAAUACAGUUAUAAGAUUAAAACCAUUAUUUUCGCCAACUCCAAUUAUAUAUGCAUUUGAAUUAAAAUCUCAAACUGAAUAUGAUCGUUGGGUUUCAUUUAUUCAAAAUAGUAAAAUAAUACAAGAACCAAAGGAAGAAGAAGAAAUUAAUUAUAAAUCUCCUUCAUCUUAUAAUGAAGAACCAAAAUCUUACAAUACUCAUCAUGGUGGUAAAGGAUGGAGACACACUUUAAAAAAAAUUGCUCAAAAAACUGGAUUAGUAUUAGGAUUUUUAGUUUAUACAGUUUUAUUAGCUGCAUUAUUUGGAGCAAUGUGGAUUUAUUAUGUUGGUCCAAUUGUAACGAUUGAUGAAAUGGAAACAACAUGUUAUAUUAAUUCUAGUGAAUGGGGAUAUAUAACCAAAGGAUAUUAUAGUGUUGAUUUUAAUGUUACAUAUCAAAUUGAAUCUGGUGAAAUAUUAAAUAAUAUGAUGAUUCAAUAUUGUAAAGGUUUUUUAUGUACAGUUGGAUUGGAUGCCCAAUAUCAAGUUUCAACAAAUAAUACAUGUUAUUAUGAUAAUAAGGAUACAAAUUAUGUUUACUUUUUCUUAUAUCCAAUGAUUGAUUAUAGAUUAACAAUUACAUUUGGUAUAUGUGGUUCAUUAUUUGGAGUUUGGAUAAUUUUCUUAAUUAUUGUGUAUGUGUAA